AUGUCGAAGAGAAGAGAGUUACUGGAAAAGCAAACGAACAUAAGUGAAGAGUGCUCCGAUAUAGAAUCAGACGCAGCAAAUUCUGAAGUAUCAUCUGAAAAUGAAGCGGAUUAUAUUCAAAGUGAAACAUCUGACACUGAAGAUAGCGAUGAAGAGUCGAUCACCAGUGAUGAAAAGGAAAGUGCCAUCAAUAUGCCCAGGAAAAGGUGUAGGGUGCCAAGUAGUUCAGACUCUGAUGAAGAAACUGAACACACCGUUCAGGAGACCAAAACAGCUGCCGAUGGUACUGUGUGGUCAAAAUUUGACGAAGGUGGUAUUCCUGGAAGGUUACCAUGUACUUGUAUUUUCAAGGGUGUGAAAGGGCCAACAGGCUACGCAAAAAGGAACAUUAUGGCAGAUAAUCUUAUCAGUGCAUUCUCAUUGAUAAUAGAUAACUAUAUUAUCAAACAUAUAAAGAAGUGCACAGAAGAAGGCCGCCGAAUUUUGAGGAACUAUUGGACAACAUUACCGGAAAUACGUGCAUUUAUUGGGAUUUUAUAUGCUCGUGGAGCCUACGAGGCAAAAAAUUUAAAACUCAGUUAUUUAUGGUCAGCAAAGUGGGGUCCCGAAUUCUUCAGGAAAACUAUGGCCAGAGAAAAGUUCAAGCAAAUCCUACGAUUUAUUCCUUUUGACAGAAGAACCGAAAGAAGUAGGCACCUACAAACAAAUAAGUUUGCCUUGGUUUCGGAAGUAUGGGACAAGUUCACUGAAAAGAGUCAAGCUUGCUAUCAACCAGGGCAAAAUAUAACAGUUGGCGAGCAAUUAUUUCCGUCAAAAGCCAGGUGCAGGUUUACACAGUAUAUGCCUAAUAAACCCAACAAAUUUGGCAUCAAAUUCUGGCUUGCAUCAGAUGUUAGUAGCAACUAUGUUUUGAAUGGUUUUCCUUAUUUGGGGAAAGAUGAACAGCAACCAUCGUCAAUGCUUCUCAGUGAACAUGUUGUUCUGAAACUUGUCGAGCCAUAUACAGGCUGUGGAAGAAAUAUCACGACCCAUAACUUUUUCACUAGCAUGUCACUCGCGACAAAAUUAUUGGACAAACAAACAACUCUAGUUGGAACUAUUAGAGGAAACAAAAGAGAACUACCCAAAGCAGCCAAACAAACGAAGGAUAACAUGCCUCCUUUUUCCACUCUGCUAUAUAAAUCAGAGAAUUGUGUUCUUACAAUAUAUAAAAGCAAACCAAAUAAAAGAAUAGCUGUUCUAAGUUGUAGGCAUAAAUUUGUGAAAAUUGAUAAGAGUAAUAAAAAAAUGUUACCGGAAUCUAUUCAACUUUAUAACAGCACAAAAUUUUGAGUUGAUAUGGCGGAUCAAAUGGCCAGAAAAUACACAGUAAAAGCUAGUUCUUGUAGAUGGCCCCUCCAAAUAUUUUUCAAUAUUUUAGAUUUGGCUGCUAUAAAUGCUUGGAUCCUUUACAAAGAAAGGACAGGAAUACAAAUACAACGAAAAGAGUUCUUGUUUCAAUUAGCAGAACAGCUUUCCACCGAAUACAGAGCUGCAAGACAGAAAAAUUCAUCAGAACAUGAAGACCCACAAAGAUCAACUGCAACAUCAUCAAAUGCAACCCAUUCUAAGAAACGCAAAAUUUGUCAACAAUAUGUAGGUGCUCUUUGGCAGUGCAGUGAUAAAGACAAAGAACUUGCCUUUAUAGAAAUUCUAAUUGAGUUCAACAGCUAUGAUGUAGAGGCAAUGUGA